AUGGCUGCUGAUUCGGAGCCUCCUCCUGGCUCUUCCCAAGGGAAUAAUAUGUCUUCGAAUGCUCCUCCGGAUAUUCCUCUGUCUCCAGGAGAACCCUCACAAGGACAAUCACCCGCCUCGCCUCUCGAUUUUGCCGGUCCGGACCGCGUGUAUCCCAUCCGCUCUAUUAUAUCGGUCGAUCGCCCUCAAGGGCUGAGCGGCGUGACGGGCCCAAGGCCCGUCUCGCCUGCCAGGGAAGGCGCCCGGGCGUACUCUAUCAUUGAUGAAGAGACAUGGAACCAGCUUCAGGAGCAGCCAGUGGCUGAGGGAGGAGGGGGAGGAGGGGGAGGAGGGGAUACGAUAGAAGAUUCCCAGGAGAUGGAUGGGGGGAUACCAAAGGAGCCAGAGCCAGAGCCAGAGGCAGAGGCAGAGCCAGAGCCAGAGCCAGAGCCAGAGACAUCAGAGGCGCUGUCGCCAGAAUUACCAAAGACGCUGGAUCCGGUUGAGGGGAACACCUCAGGGUUGCUACGGAAGAUGUCGCUGUCAAUCACCCAGACGAUGUUCCAGGCCAAUACCCUCCCCAGCAAGGAGGAACAAGAACGGGAGCCGCAGGCGCUGGUGACGGCACGCUUCCAGCACGUUGAAAUCGAGGGUGGCCACGCCGUCAUCACAGGACGAGGCGGCGAGUCGUUCCAGUUCUGCGAGGACGAGCCGAUCCAUAUCCCCGGCGCGGUGCAGAGCUUCGGCGUGCUGGUCGCCCUGCAGGAGGACCCGGCCAGCAAAGGGCUGCUCGUGCGCGUUGUGAGCGAGAACUCCAAGGCUUUCCUCGGCUACUCGCCCAACGAAUUGUUCGCCCUCGAAAGUUUUACGGAUAUCCUCAGUGACGAACAGGCGGAUAAUUUCCUCGACCAUGUCGACUUCGUUAGGGACGAGGCCUGCGAUCCUAGCAUCGACGGGCCUGAGGUGUUCGUCAUGUCCAUCACCAUUCCUGGUGGUCGUUGCCGUCGCUUCUGGUGCGCCGUCCACAUCCACGAAGCGAACCACGGUCUCGUCAUCUGCGAGCUCGAGCUCGAGGACGAUCCAACCCACCCUCUUAACGUCUCCGGCGAGACGACCCCGAUGCUGCCGUCGGACACGCUCGGUAUCGAACCCACGCCUGAGGAACUGGCCGCCAGCACCAUCAACAUCAGCCAGCCGCUGCGGAUCCUGCGCAACGCUCGCCGCCGCCGCGGCGAGGCUGCCGCCAUGGAGGUGUUUAGCAUCCUCUCGCAGAUCCAGGAGCAGCUCGCCCGCGCGCAGACGCUCGAUGCCCUGCUCAACACCGCCACGGGUCUUGUCAAAGAGCUGACGGGCUUUCACCGCGUCAUGAUCUACCAGUUCGACAGCAGCUGGAACGGCAUCGUCAUCGCCGAGCUUGUCGACCCGCGAGCCACUAAAGACCUGUACAAGGGUCUACGUUUUCCUGCCUCCGACAUCCCCAAGCAAGCCCGCGAUCUCUACAAGAUCAACAAGGUCCGCUUGCUGUACGACCGUGACCUGGUCACUGCUCGUCUCGUCUGUCGCACGCUGCAGGACCUGGAAACCCCUCUCGACCUGACACAUGCCUACUUGCGCGCCAUGUCACCAAUCCAUGUCAAGUAUCUGGCCAAUAUGGCUGUACGGUCGUCCAUGUCUAUCAGCAUCAACGCCUUCAAUGAGCUCUGGGGGCUUAUUUCCUGCCAUUCGUACGGAAACACGGGCAUGCGCGUCUCGUUCCCCAUCCGCAAAAUGUGCCGGCUGAUCGGCGACACCGUCUCGCGCAACAUUGAGCGCCUCUCGUACGCCUCGCGCCUGCAGGCCCGCAAGCUCAUCAACACCGUCCCCACAGAGGCCAACCCGUCAGGGUACAUUAUCGCUUCCUCGGACGAUCUGCUCAACCUCUUCGGCGCCGACUACGGCGCCCUCUCCAUCCGUGACGAGACCAAGAUUCUCGGCAAGCUGACUCACUCCCAGGAAGUCCUGGCCCUGCUGGAAUACCUCAAGAUGCGGCAGAUCAAUUCCGUGCUGGCCUCGCAGGAUGUCCGCAAGGAUUUCCCCGACCUGCGCUACCCGCCGGGCUUCAAACACAUCUCGGGCUUGCUCUACGUACCCUUGUCGUCCGGCGGCAGCGACUUCAUCGUCUUCUUCCGCCGCGGCCAGCUCAUGGAGAUCAAGUGGGCCGGGAACCCGUACGAGAAGCAGUACAAGAAGGGCACAACUGCGUACCUUGAACCGCGCAAGAGCUUCCAGACCUGGCGGGAGACGGUCAUGAACCAGUCGCGCGAGUGGUCCGAGUCGGACGUCGAGACCGCCGCUGUUUUAUGUCUGGUGUACGGCAAGUUCAUCAAGGUCUGGCGCCAGAAGGAGGCCGCCAUGGAGAGCUCCCAGCUCACCCGGUUAUUGUUGGCGAACUCGGCGCACGAGGUGCGCACCCCGCUCAACGCCAUCAUCAACUACCUCGAGAUCGCGCUCGAGGGGCCGCUAGACCACGAGACGCGCGACAAUCUUGCCAAGUCGCACUCGGCCUCCAAGUCGCUCAUCUACGUCAUCAACGACCUCCUCGACCUGACAAAUACCGAAAAGGGCCAGGAGCUCAUCAAGGACGAGUCCUUCGACCUCUGCCAUACCAUCCGCGAGGCGACCGACAUGUUCGAGCCAGAGGCCAAGCGCAAGGGUAUCGGCUACUCCGUCACCGUACAUCCAGGCCUGCCCACGGCCGUCCUGGGAGAUCAGCGCCGCGUGCGCCAGGUUGUCAUGAACCUCAUCUCCAAUGCUAUCCAGCACACGCUCACCGGCUCCGUCGCGGUCGAUAUCUGGCGCUCGCCCGUGCCGCCUGAAUCGUCUCGCCACGUCCCCAUCGAAAUCACCGUCUUGGACACGGGCACGGGUAUGUCGCAAAGCACGCUGGAGACUCUCUUCCACGACCUGGAACAAGUGUCCAUGGAAGAUGAUAGCUAUUUGUACGAAGGCGACUCGCAAGAAAGGCAGCAGCACGAGCAGGAGCAGCAGAGCAUCCGCGCCAUUGAGGACGCUAUGAGCUUGGGAGAAGCAAACAGCCAACGCCGAGUACUUGGGCUGGGUCUAGCCUUGGUGUCGCGCAUCGUGCGCAACAUGCACGGCCAGAUGAGCGUCAAGUCCGAGGAAGGAAACGGCAGCCGGUUCAAGAUCCUGCUCCAGUUCGCCGUGCCGGACUCUGCGGACGCGACACCAGCAACCACCGGGGCGCCCAAGACGAUAUCCUCGACCCCGGGGCUUGCCACCGAGGGUCCCGCCACGCCCCCGACGACCGAGGGCGACUUCAUGCUGGUGAACCGCGGCAGUGGGCAUCGCAGCGGGAUCGGCGGGCGGCGGUACAGCGGUGACAGCGGACACAGCGAGGGCAGCUUCCGCAGCUCACGGUCUUCGCGCAGCGGCAAAAGCGAGGCUGACCGGCUCAUCAGCGCGAUGCAGGAACCUCCGCUCAUCAACCGCACGACCAGUGAAGGCUCCGAUAUCCGCAGGCUGCAUAACAAUACCAACAAUAAUACACGUCCAGGUAGUCCGACUGUGGUACGGAAUACCCCUGCCUCGCCGGCGUCUGCGUCAGGGGCCCUCCCUGUCCCUACCAUCGGUUUAACUCCUACAUCACCACCAACCUCUUCUAAUAAUAAUACAACAACAACAACAACCACUUUUACUACUGCUUUUAAUGACCGCUUUCGACGAGCUUCAUAUGAAUCCCUAUCCACGACGUUUCGCAGCCUGGUACCUCUCACAACACCCCCUGCCCCAGGCCAAGAACCCAUCACCGACUCGGGCGUGCCACUGAGCGCGCUCCGCAUUGAACCGCAAGACAUCCAACGCCCUCCAUCCCCCCCCACGCCAGCAUUCCCGUCCACCUCGCUCGCUUCACCGCGGUCUGCGUCUGCGUCUACGCCCACGCAGUCGGACCUGCUCCGUAUUCUCGUCGCGGAGGACGAUCCCAUCAAUAGCAAGAUCGUGCAUAAACGGCUGAGUAAUUGCGGGCACGGUGUUCGUCUGACUAUCAAUGGGGAGGAGUGUGCUGCGGCGUUUGAAGAGAGCCCAUCUAGUUACGAUGCUGUACUGAUGGACAUUCAAAUGCCUAUUGUGGAUGGAAUGGCAGCCACACGCCGGAUCCGUGAACACGAAGCCUCCACCCCGGCAGAAGACCGGGUCCCCGUAUUCGCCGUGUCGGCCUCCCUUGUGGAGCGAGAUAUGCAAAAGUAUAUUGACUGCGGGUUCGACGGGUGGAUCAUGAAGCCGAUCGACUUCCACCGGCUGAACAUCAUCCUGGACGGAGUGCAGGCGGCGGCUGCGCGCGCCGAAACCGUCUAUCAACCUGGUCGAUGGGAGCAUGGCGGGUGGUUCACUCCUUUACCUCUGAUCGGUUCGACCAACCCAUGA